AUGAGGUUUGUCCAAUAUAUUCCGACUGGAAUUCCAAACGAAGAUGGUGAGUUCCCGGGAAGGAACUAUACAGUUGGAAAAGUCAUACAACAACUGUAUGAUAUUAGGAAAGCUUCAAACCCCAAACUUGCAAUGACACUCAAAUUGCUUAUGAAUUCGACAUGGGGAUAUUCCAUUAAGAAACCUCAAAAGAUGAAGAGUAAACAUUAUGAGAAGGUCGACAACUUUGUUGAAAGGUUUUCUCCUUUUGUUUUGAAGUACGAGUUCACUCAAGGUCAAAAUGGCUUAGUAACCACAUUAAAACCUAUUGUCGAACAUUGGUCUUACCCUCAGUUCGCAAAGGCAGUCCUUGACAACUACAACAAAUUCUUCUCCGAAGUCAAAUCCAAAGUUUUGGUUUACUAUGAGAACAUUGACGCGCUCAUGACGAACGAAGAAGGCUAUAACAAACUCAUUGAAAUGGGAAUGGUCGGUGAAAAGAUGGGCUGUUUUAAGCUAGAUAAGGUAUUUUCCGAAGUUCAUGUAAUAUCGAAAAGGAAAUACUGGGGCAUACUUGAAGACGGCACAGAAAUAAAACAUUGCAUGAAAUAA